AGAUCUAUAAGCUUGUCAGACUGGACUCCCUGGCCGUGUACUGGAACAGUAACUCGGAGUGUCUGGACGGUGCAGACAAGGCCCUGAUACUGGAGAAACUGAAAACCGACAUUGCCAGUAAGGACAAGAAGACACAGAGCCAAUACUUGAUAAAGCCGAUCUCCCUGGUGUCACAUCUUCGUCUGAACACGAAACCAGAACAAACAAAUUUCACCAUCCCCAAGAUCUACCUCACGCUGGUGUUUGACGACAUCGCAGUCAUGCUUUCCAAAAUGCAGUACACAGACAUCCUGGAGAUGCUGGAGGCUCUAGAAAGGAUGACUUUACGAGGUGUCUACAGGAAAUACAGACCUGAGAUCCAAGUACACAAACAUGCCAAACAGUGGUGGCAUUUUGCGAUGACUAGUGUACUGGAGGAGAAUGUUCGACGACGGCGCCGUAUGUGGUCCUGGGACCAUAUCAGCAGGCAUCGUAAGAACAUGCGAGAUUAUCGGGAGGCCUACGUAAAGAAACUGGACAGCAAAAAAGUAGCGUCAGAUGUACAGAAGAAAAUCGAGGAGUGUGAACGGGUGCUGGAUGUCCUCAGUCUGACGUUAAUGCGACAGCAUGCAGAAGUCGAGGCUGCUAAACUGGGUGCAAAAAGAGAGAAGGAAAAAGAAGAGAAAGGUUGGUUUGGAGGGUUUUUCGGAGGAAAGAAAAAGAAAGAAUCCAAGGGCAGCAAGGACGCGGGAGACAUGCAGGAGAAGUUCCAGGAGCUGUACACACCAGACGAAAAGGCUAAAUUAUACAGCGCCAUCGGCUACGAGGAAGAUGAGUCGGAUCCAACACUGCCAAAGGAGUUUGUGGCAGUUAAGUUUGUGACCAAACUAAGCACUCUCUCCUUUACACUGAAAGAUGAGGCAAGAAGAGAUCCACAAAUUCUGCGAUUGCAGUUGAAAGAUGUCUUUUCAUCAUUUGGACAGAGACCUGCAGCUUCAGCUAUACAACUGGAGGCUAAAAUUGACCGAUUCACUGUAAAUGGCGUCCAGCAGAAUGGUCAGACACCUCAGAUGGUUUUGUCACAGACAGAGGAAGCUGACCAGGUGUAUUCUCUUCUCGACGUCCAGGUCGAAACUAAUCCACUAGAUGGCGCUUGUGACACGAGAGUUCGGGUCAACGCUCGACCGUUACAAAUUGUGUACGAUGCUAUCACUGUGAACCAGUUGGCUGAUUUCUUCAAACCUCCAGAGGAUAUCCGGCUACAACAGAUAAACCUCCAGUUAUCACAGGCAGCUGUUGCUAAAUUUGAAGAUUUAAAAGAACAGUCAGCAACAGGACUUCAGCACGCCAUAGACCAGCGCAAGUACACUGACAUCAGGAUUGAUGUGAAGUCGUCUUAUGUUAUCAUACCCGAAGGAGGCUUCUACAAAAAGAAUUGUAAGCAGCUGAUCCUUGACCUUGGUAACCUGAAGGUCAACAGUGAAAAGAACCAAUCAUCUUCUGGUGUCAAGGGUCAGCUGGACACCGUGGAGGAGAUCAUUAAGCGAGCCUAUGAUAAAUUCAACAUCGAAAUUGACAGAACACAACUUCUCUUUGUCAAUGCAGGAGAGGACUGGCAGUCUGUGCGGACACUGGCCGUGUCUCCGUUACACGUUCUUGAGCCCAUAUCUCUGUCGGUGUGCCUACAGAAGUGUAUGUUUGACAAGGACUCCCGUAUGGCCAAGAUGAAGGUGUCUGGGGAGUUAAAACUGCUGAGCCUGACAAUAUCAGAUGCCCGACUACAGGAGAUCAUACAACUUGUAGACAGUAUACCCCUACCUGAGUCAGCUCCCCCACCAGACGAGGAUGACAUCUUCAAGAGUGCUACUGACAUCCCUGUGACAGAUCUAAACGCUAACCAGCUAAGUCUGGCUGAUGUGGCUGUGGUGGCUGUGGUCGACAAAAAGGUGGACAAGGACAUGGAAAGGUCAACCUCACAGGAUCUCACUAACUACACUGACCUUGAACUUAAGUUUGAGGUGAAGAAGGUGUGUGUAAACUUACUGCAGCACACAAGUGUCGAGGACAUACUUGUGCUGAAACUGGUUGUUGAGUCCAUUGGGACACAGCUGGCGAUUCGUACACAUGACAUGAGUGCGGAGGCUUACAUUGGCGGCGUCUACCUACAAUAUCUCAAGGAGAAAGCCUCCGAAACAUUGGUUCAAAAGCUAGAAGCAGCAAAAGCUACAAAACGCUCUAUAUCAGUGGUCAGUGGGGGUCCUCUGAUAAACCUUAUCAACACUCCAUCGGUUGAUGACCACCUGGUCCGACUGCUGACCGUUAACUAUGUCAAGGCUAAUCCUGACGGUCCUGACUUCGCCACCACACACAAGAAAACUGAACAGACUGUGACAGUUACCUUCACUGCGUUAGAGGUCAUGCUCCACCAGGAGGCGCUGCUGUCUCUCAUUGUAUUUGCCGAGGGCCUACAGCCGCCACCACGACCUCAAGUUGAGGUCAAGGCUAGUACGACCAGUGAGAAAAAAGAAGAAUCGGCGGAGAAAAAAGACAGUCAGAAAUCUGGAUCAAAGAAGAAAGGGAAGGAGAAGGAUCCUGACCAGAUCGAUAUAAAAGUAAAUGCUGAGCUGAACCAGAUCGGGGUGACCAUCUGUACGAAACACAACCUCAUUACAGACAUGCGAGUCAAAGGAAUUGAUGCCAAGGUCACGAUUCAGGAAGAGAAAACAGUAGUGUCGGCCAUGUUGAAGGCCAUCACGAUCUUUGACCCGGACCCAGACACACUGUACCAAAAGAUUAUGGAGAUCCAGGGUGAGGCUGUGUUGACCCUUGAUGUUACUAUAUAUAACCAUGCCACUGAGGGAGCUAAGUAUGCAGACAUGUCAUGCAUGGACACCAGUGUCAACGUCACGCUUGGCUGCAUUCGACUUGUUUUCGUCAACAAAUUUGUCAACGACUUACUGGUAUUUGUGAACAACUUCCAGGCUGCGAAGGAUCAGGCCGUUUUCCAGGCUGCUAGGGAGCGGAUGGUCCACGCUGGACAGUCUGUGGCAGAAUUCUCUAAAGACGCAGUCAGCAAACUCCAGGAGAAGGCCCCACGUGUCGGUCUAAACAUCAACAUGCAGGCACCUCUCAUUGUCAUUCCAUUGAGUUCAAAGUCUCGAGAAGUCUUGCUAGCAGAUUUUGGUGAACUCAGUAUUCAAAAUGGCUUCCACCUGACAGGAAAGGUGUCCAGCAGUGGUAUCCCAGCUGUGUUAGAUCGAAUGGUCAUCCAGCUGAAACAGUUAAAACUCACAAGGGACGUGUUCAACGUGGCCGGGGCCAGUCGCGGUGAGUGUCUGAUCCUAGAGCCGGUCACCAUCUCUCUUAAUGUAACCAGGAAUCUGGCCAUAUCCUGGUACACUGACCAGCCCGAGGUGGACAUCACAGGGUCAAUGGAGGCCAUUGUGGCGACCAUGAGCCAGGGAGAUUUCAAAAUGGCCAUGUCACUUCUGGAAGAGAAUUUGAAUGAAGGUCAGGUUAAAACAGAGGACAAUGAUCAAAGUCAGACAGGGAUUGAACAACCAAGUGAAACUUCUGUAACACAGGAGUCACCCUCGGGAACAUCAUCUGAAGGUCAGGUUACCCAAAAGGUCAGCGAACCAACAGAGGUCAAGGUCAACUACACAAAGGUUAAGUUCAACUUCCAGAUGAAGAGUUUGGAGGCAGCCUUAUACACAGGAGAGAGUUGUCUGGAUUCUGGUACCAGUAGCAGAGAUCCGGUCAAAUGCCUGGGUAAGGUUGAACUCAAGGUCAUAGCUGUUGAAGGCAAGGUCAUGCUGGAUGGUGCCAUAGUUACCAAGGUCAUUCUCAAGGACACAAUAGUAGAUGAUGCCAGACCAGAGAAACAGAACGGAGUCACAAGGAUGAUAGAGAGAAAUGCUGUUAAACUGUCAGAGAACACAAUAGGUACAGGUGGUGGCCAGGGAGCCAACAUGAUUGACGUCAGUUUUACACAGGAGAGUAACCAAGACAAGGACAUCGCGGUGAAGGUAAGCAGUCUGUAUAUAUGUGUGUGCGUGGACUUCCUGAUGGCGUUAGCGACCUUCUUCCAAAUGCCAGAGGCGAAAAAUAAGCCAGCAGUGGCAGCCAAGGAGGAUAAACCAAAAGCCACACCAUCUAAACAAGUACAGCAGCCUCCAGUGGCAGAGAUGAGGAUUACCGUUACCAUGGAGAAACCCGAGAUCAUUCUGAUAGAGGACCAAUCAAAACCUAGUAGUACUGCUCUCAAAAUGGAUACUCAACUGUCCUUCAAGAUGCGGAUGUCAACCCAGCGGCAAGAAAUGUCGGCCAUCCUCCAAGACCUUCAGAUUACGUCGUGUAUAUUCAACCAACGCCAAAACAUCGGGGCCCAGAUCUUGCAUCCGUGUGAGAUCUCAUUCUACAGCCAAGCCCCUUUUGGUAAAGGUGCCCACAUGGACUUAUCUACGUCAGACCUGAUCCUUAACAUCUCCCCGGCAACCAUACGAACCAUCUCCGAAGUGGUGGCCACACUCUCUGCCAAGUCUGGAGAGGCUGAGAAAGCCAACACCUACAAAGUACCGACCGACCUCUGGGAAACUAAGAAGCUGGAGGGUAAGGACUUCUGGUACCUGACAACAGAUGAACCCGAUUCGACAGUUACAGAUCUCGUCACCAUGGAAGACGAAGACAAGAGGGAGGAACAGUCAAACUCAGAAUUGCUGAUUGUUAAGAUCCCGACCAUUGUAGUGAAGCUUGAGGGAGGGGUAGGAAACAGGACGGUCCCCCUCCUCAUCCUUGAGUCCUCCUUCUCCGGUGAGGUCAAGGACUGGAGUGGUAAGUUGGGUGUAGAGAGUACCCUGAAGCUAGAAGUCGCCUACUACAACGAAAAGCUGACCGUGUGGGAACCGCUGGUGGAGCCCAUUCUGGAGAAUAGUAAACUCAGGAGGUGGGAACUGGGACUAGAGGUAACAAUGAACGAGGAUCUGCCUGUGAUAGCUGAUGAUGAAGUUGAUGGGGAGUUGGACAACAUUGUCCUGCCUCCUGCAAAGAUGUCCAUCAACAUUAGAUCAACUGAUUCCCUGCAGCUGGUCGUGUCUAAAACAUGUCUGGAGGUGUUAAACAACCUGGGCAAGUCGUUUGGUGAAGCGUACCAGCUGGUGGAGCCGACAGAGAAGGCUGGAGUUAUCAUGUCUCCUUACGUCAUCAAAAACAAAACUGGCAUCCCAAUGGUCAUGAAGCUGGACAACUCCUUUGAGAUGCCAGAGGAUGCGUCCAAUAUGAAGGUUAAAUUGUCUCCAACUCGCCAGCUCAACUUAUUUACAAAGAAGAAGAGUGUAUUGAUUAGAAAGGCUUCUGUAAUCAAGGCCACACAGGAGGGUGACGAGAAAAAACUCAUCUUCCAGAUGGAGCAGUACAAUGCCACAAGGGAGGUAACCAUUAAACGUGCAGAGAAGCGACUCUACCAGAUCAACAACAGGACCAGUGCUAACGAGGUGUGGGCCGUCGUAGUGUGUACCGACUGCCACAUUGGUCAGAGAGUUGUCUCCCUUAGAUCCAUUGUACAGGCUAAGAACCACUUGCCUCAGACAGUUGAGGUGUUUUACCGUGAAGGCUCCAGGAUUUCAUCGUGUGGUUUGGUACUGGCUGAGGAGACGAUGGACAUUCCACUCCACACAAUAUACACAGAAACAGGAGAGUUCUUCUUCAAACCCGUGUCAGAAACUGACGAGUACCGGGUGUCCAAGGAGUCUGUGGGAUGGCGGUCAGCGGCCAAUCUUGGUACUAAACAGCUGAGCUGUGAGGGACAGCAGGGUCACAGCCCUUUCUACAUGAAUGUGUGGGCAGAGUGUGAACAGAUUUACUACGAGGAAAGUGACUCCUUGACGGCCAAAUCCUACACCCUACACUUGUGUCCGACCGUUAUACUACACAAUCUGCUGCCCUUCCCUAUCAAAUUUAUGUUGGAGGGGACUGAUGGCUAUACAACCCUCGACCAGGGAGGCAACCUACCACUGACCAACGCUGGAGUGGGCAAGUCCAACCUAGAAAUCAUGAUUCCUAACUACAUGGAGAAGGAGUGGUGUGGCCGUAACUUAUUGAGGGUGGACAUACCCGACCUUUCUCUGUGGUCCUUCAGCGCCUUCAUAGGGGCUCAGAAAGUGGAUAUGGACCUCGGGUUCCACUGUAAGAAGAGCUCGGGCAGUAUGGAUUUGUCACUGUACAGCCCCUACUGGAUGAUCAACAAGACAGGCCAGCGCAUGCUCUACAAGGGUAGUGAUUCUGAGGACGUGAUAGAACAUCACCAUGACAACGAAGAUGUAGUCCUAUUUUCAUUCAAGCAGAAGUCAUUUUUCUCAGCAAAGAAAAAGAAAAAUAAGCAUACAGUAAAAUCGGCUCUGGCCGAGCCAGCGUUUGUUGUUAGUACAACACUUACUCCAGAGGAGCUUCAGGAUUAUAGGAUGGGGAUGGAGUGGCAGGAAGGAAAAGAUCAUGGGAAAGACAAAAAGGUGAAGGAGUGGAGACAAAGUGGGAAAGCCUGUUUGAAGAUAGGUGAUACAGAGUGGUCUGACAAAUUUUCUCUGGAUGUCGUAGGAAGUUCUGGAACUGUCCAAUGUAAGACCAAAACGAGAACAUUUGAGGUUGGUGUUAACAUUGUCCUGUCACAGAGCGGUCUCACCAAACUCUGUACAUUUACUCCGUACUACAUGCUACUUAACACUGCCGAUCAUUCCCUGCUGAUAGCUGAGUCUACAUCCACACAGACCUGGUACGAGGUCAAAGCUAAAGAGUGUCAGCCAUUUUGGCCACAGCUGACUGGGAAAGAAAUGAAGAUGAGAGCGAAGGUCAAAGGGUCAGAGGUCAUGACCUCUGAAUUCCUGUUCAACAAAGCCAACAACACUCUGGCCAGACUGGAUGACCAGCACGGUGGUAUCAACGUAGAUUGUCAGGUGACCGAGUCUGCCAUGGUAACCACGUUUAGCUCCUACAAGGACGGCAUGGCCUCCGUACAGAUUGUCAACCACACGGACGCAGCCUCCGUCACAUUCCAUCAGAGCGGCUCUAAGAACAUCCACUUGCUCGGGCCCGGUCACUUCAUGAUGUACACCUGGGAAAACCUGACCGACAAACGAGAGAUUGUCUGGACAUGUGGUGAUAAAAAGGAGGUGAAAAACACACUUGUUGAGGAUGGUUAUGACUAUUUUGCCCUGUCCUCUGACAACAAUGUCUACUGGGUGUCCUUCCUAGACGGCAUGCAGCGAGUCUUAUUGUUCACCGAGGACCUCAAUCUCGCCACCCUUGCUCAGCAGGCUGGAGAGCUGGAGAGAAUAGAGCAGGAAAUCAACGUCUGUAUCCAAGGCCUGGGGCUGUCCCUUAUCAACGACCUCAGUCAGACCGAGGUCGCCUUCCUCGGGAUUACAAGCUCCGGCGUUAUAUGGGAGGAAAAGAAGAAAAGGUUUAAGGCUCUGAGUAUGAAGAACGCACACGUCCUGGAAGAGGCGUAUCAGAAAUACCUGACUGAGAUUGAACUUGGGCAUAACCCACCUCCACACCUCAACCUUGAUAACAAGAUGGAGGUUGACUUCAAUGAGAUGAGGAUGUUCCGUCCAAACAAUCGUGGGAUCCGACGGAGUUUCCAGGAGGGGAUCUGGCUCCAGUACAAAACCUCACCUCACCAGAUCCAGCUUCACGCUAAAAUCAACAGACUCCAGCUUGACAACCAGAUGACCGGAGCUGUGUUCCCGACCGUCCUGUCACCGGUACCUUUACCCAAGUCUGUGGCCGCAGACAGUGUACCGAAGCCUUUCACAGAAGUCAGUGUCAUGUUAAGAAAACACGAACAUGACAACAUGCUACAAUUUAAAUAUUUUAAAGUCCUCAUCCAGGAGAUGCAACUGAAGGUUGACCAGGGAUUCCUUAACAACAUCAUUGAUCUGUUCUCCUCCAGCCAGGACGUCUCUCGGGAACAGGAGACUGCCCUUUUCCUGGUGGAUUGUGAAAAGGUCAAGGUCAAGUUGAUGGACGAAGUUGGCCUGUCUUUGGCUGAUGAGCAGAAGAACUUCUACGACUAUCUUCACUUCUCACCAAUUAAGAUCCACUUGAGUUUCUCCCUGCAAGGAGGGGGCGGGGACGGCAAACCGACACAGAUCCACGCCAAUGUCAUCAAUAUUUUCCUCCAGAGUGUUGGCGUCGUACUCACCGAUGUACAGGAUGUUGUCUUCAAACUCGGCUACUUCCAGAAGGAGCACUGUUUCUACAACCAAUCACAGCUAUUGGGCCAGAUGACCAAACACUAUGCAGGCCAGGCCAUUAAACAGAUGUAUGUGCUGGUGCUGGGACUCGACGUGUUGGGAAAUCCGUUUGGACUUCUGCGUGGGGUGGCAGAGGGUAUAGAAGAUCUGUUCUACGAACCAUACCAGGGAGCUAUCCAGGGUCCGGAGGAGUUUGCGGAAGGUCUUGCCCUUGGAGUGAGGAGCUUGUUUGGACAUGCUGUUGGUGGAGCUGCUGGUGCCGUGUCCAGGAUAACGGGAACUCUGGGAAAGGGUUUCGCUGCCUUGACCUUGGAUGAUGACUACCAGAAGAAGAGACGAGAAGCCAUGAACAAACGUCCGGCAAACGUGAGGGAAGGUUUAGCUCGAGGAGGCAAGGGCCUCGUCAUGGGCGUGUUUGAUGGUGUGACAGGCAUUGUAAGGAAGCCGAUAGAAGGAGCCAAGAACGAAGGAGUCGGGGGAUUCUUUAAAGGUGUGGGGAAGGGAUUGGUGGGCGUGGUCACAAGGCCCACCAGUGGAGUAAUUGACUUCGCCAGCAGUUCACUUGAGGGCAUCAAAAGGAUUGCUGAUUUUUCAGAAGAAAUCCGCCGAAUAAGGCCACCAAGACGUUUCCAUAGUGACAGGGUUAUUCGUCCUUACAACAAGCAGGAAUCGGAAGGCUAUGCCAUUCUUAGCGAGACGGAGAAGGGGAAGUACUUCACCACAGAUCACUAUGUCGCUCACCUCGUCCUCAGUCGCGACAGCAAACAUGUCCUCGUCGUGACCGACAAGCGGGUGGUGUUUGCUGUACGUGGAGAACUGUUCGGACACUGGGACGCUGACUGGACCUAUACCUGGGUUGAAAUGAAGGAGCCACCCAAGAGGUCACAAAAGGGCAUUGAAAUCUACCUCAAGGAGAAAGAAAAGAAGAAGUUUCUCUUCAGCAGUAGUACAGCCAAGAAGGAGGUUGCCAUUGGAGACCAGAGACAAGCUGAGUGGAUUGCCAAUAAGAUCAAGGAAACCAUGAUGAGAGGAAAGUAAUCACAGAACAUUGUAACUAUUUAUAUAAUUAUCCUGCCACCUAGUGAGCAAACAAGUGCUGCCACCUAGUGAGCAAACAAGUGCUGCCACCUAGUGAGCAAACGAAUGCUGCCAGCCAGUGAGCAAAUGAGUGCUGUAUGCCAAAGUGCUGCCACCUAAUGCUGUGUCUAGUCAGAAUUCAGUAGCCAGUAGCUACACUGACAUUAUCUCAUCAGCUGUAACAGAACAUUGACCAAGUCACAGCACGCAGAAAAACAUGAUAAUUUGAUUCUUUUUAUGUCAGGAUGUAUGUCACUUUAACAUUGAAGCUUCUGACUGACCUGUAUAUUAAGCUACGCCUUUGAAAGUGUCUUAAAUUGCCAGACGAUUUACUGUACAUGUAUAGUUUACUUCUGUUUGGGACACCACCUUUUAGUGCUUUAUUCACAAAUCUGAUUUAAAUUUAAAAAAAAAAAAAUGUCAUGUAAAUAAUUCAGCCUGCCAAUGUUGGCAUAUAGAGUGCACCAUGAGAUUUACUGCUAAAAUAGCAGACUGCUUAUUUAUGUUUGUUUUUAUGGUAAAUAGGUGUUAAGAUUUCUAUGUUAACCUGGUGUUAUCUUCAUUUGAUCAGUUUUGUACAAAAGUUACAAGGGGAAGAGAACUCAUGCAAUAAAAUCGUGUUUCCUGGUAAAAUUAGAAAGCCAUGUGAGUUACUGUUGUAAGGAUGUGUGUAUCAUUCCUUUGAUCUUAUUUUUAUUUUUACAUUACAAAUCCCUUUGCUUUUCUAUUCAAUAUACAAAUCCACGCUCAAAUAUGUUGUGUCAUUUUUGGUUCAUUGAAGUAAGGAUUGUAUUCCUAUACAAGUGUCUAUAAAUAGUGUUACGUUCUAUAAAUAGUGUCACGGUCUAUAAAUAGUGUCACGUCUGUGAUAACAGUGAAUACAAAUUGAACAUGCAGUAAAAUUUUACUUUAAAAUCUAUGUUUACAUAUUGGAAUGAAAGGCAUUAAAGCAUGUUUGCUGUUUACUAAUUGGCAUUUGAUUUUACAGUUUGAAAUCUUCCUUUUAUUAGCUCACCUGGCCCGAAGGGCCAUGUGAGCUUAUGCCGUACUGCGUCGUCCAUCGUCCGUCUGUCAA